AUGGACGAACUUAUUGCAGGAGCUGCACUGACUACCGUGACAUUUGUUGGCAAAGCUGCAUUCUCCCAUUCCAUGAACUAUGUUCUCAGACAAGUCACGACCAGUAUGACCAAUAAUGUGGCGAGUAGAGUAACGAAAUACAUGCGAAAGGAAGCCUCUUCCUCUACUUCCAGAGAGGAGGAAAGCAAAGUGAUCUCUUCAAUUGUCGCCAAUGAAGAUGAACUAAAGCGUGCUAAAGAGAGUUUGGGACUUAGUAUUCGCAUGAUACUACCAGCAAUCGAUCUAAUAGAAAUCAUUUCAGCACGUGGUAAUACUACAUUACAAUCGACGGUUGAACACGCAAAGCAAUUACAAAAAGAAAUUUUAUCAGUUGGAAAGAAACUUGAUCCCAAUUUGAAUAAAGUUUCGGAAGGAUUAUCCGUUCAACAAAUCACUUCAAAUAAUGAAAUUUUAAUAAAAGAGAUUGAAUUACUUAUACAAAAAAUUGAAAGAUUUGUCCCAUAUCUCAACCUUAUAAUGACUACAAGUGGAGCUAAUUUAAAUUGGAGUUUGCCAAAUUCCGUUAGUCCUUCAAGAUUUUUACAAUCUUCUAAUUUAUUAUCUGAAACAAAUCGAAAAUUUUCUAUCAACAAGGAUAAACAAAUGCGUGUUGGAUCUACACUUAAACUGAAAUUAUAUUACAUGUUUACAGCUUCAGUGAGACCAAAAUCUGUUAAAGAUUUCACUUGGAAAGAAGAAUUUACAAAAUGUGAUGCUAGUUUAAAUAGAGUACGUGAAGUUGAAGGUAAGAAGAAAAAGAAAAAUAAAGAGUUCAUUUAUGAAUUGGUUUUAAUAGAAGAUUUAAACGACGGAAGAUAUCAUGAAGAAUUUGAUGAAGGAGAUUUUAAAAAACAAAAAGUAACCAGAGCAAAGUUGGGUAAACCAAAUGAAAGUAUCCCAGGAAAAGUGCUUCGUAUCCCAGUGAGUGAUAUAUCGCGUUUGUAUUAUACCUCAUCUGGUAGUUUGUUAAACAUUGAAGAGUCAAGGUCUCCGGUUUUAGUACUUAAAGUUAUAAAAGGUUUAUCUAAAACUCGAAUGAUUAAAGAAAAGGCUGUAAAUGAAAAGGAUACAGACUCAAACCCUUUGUAUGUACCACCUAUUGCGGUUACUCCGGAAAAGCGUAAAAAGGAAUCAAAUAGUGAUGAAGAGGACAAAGAGGAGGGUAUUGAAGAUCUGAAAGAGGUUACAUCAUUAAAAUAUCCUGAUACUCCAUCACCGAGGAAAAUACCCUUGCCUUUAACACCUAAUGAGUCAGCCUAUCCGCCAACACCAACACCAAGAAGGGUACCUUUACCUCUAACUCCUACUCCUAGCGAGUCAGAAUAUCUUUCAACACCCUCACCAAAAAGUGUGCCUUUACCUUCAAGUCCUGUUGACUCGAAAAGUACUACGCGUAGAAAGAUACUGAUUCCUGAUGAUGAAGAAGAUUCAACUAUAAGUGAUGAAUCAGAAGGUGAAGCAAAGAAAGAAAAUGUGAAGCUUGAGAUUUUUGAUAAUAAUGUAACUGGUACUAUUAUUCCUGAAAGAUCAGAUAAUGAAUCUUUAGCUACAAAGUCUUCAGAUAUACCAGAGAACAAGGAAACCGAAUCAGAUGAGGAUAUUCAGAGUAGUAUAAAUACUUUGAGCCUUCUAGAAUUUCUCUUGCGUUUAAGUGCGUUAGAAGUAAGUGAACAAAAAAGUCACCUUGAAGUAACUGAUGAGAAGCUAAACCUCUUUUUAAGAGAUGAAGAUUCAUCUGGAGCUUCACUUGGUUCACAAACCCCAGAAUCGACACCAUCUAAAUCAACAUCUCGUACUUCGGGUCCCCGUAGUACACCAGUCAAGUCGUCUUCAUUAUCUUCAACUAGAAGAUUAUUAUUUAAGGAUGAUAUAAGGUUAAAAGAUGAUUUUAUGGACAGUCCGUUGACAAACAAAAUGUCAAAUUUGAAAUUAAAUGAAUAA